UUUUUUUUUUUCUUUUCACAAAUCUUUAAUUUCCCUCUCUUUCUUCCUCCUCUUCUCUCUCUCUGUUUCAGAGCGUGCGAUGGGUGCCAUUUUAAUGGAGUGGAUGAACUGCUCAUAAAUGGCUCACCACACUAUGCUAACCAAUGACCACACCGAUUCCAACAAAGCCUAUGUUCAUACAAAUUCCACUGACCCACAUCCACAAUCAUCUCCCAAUCCAAUUUUCCAUGAUUUCUUAGGCAUGAAAAACCCCUCUGAUUCUCCUCUGGGUUUUUCUCCCCGGACGGCGGCGGAUUUGCGGCCGUCCGACCCAUCUCCCGCUGCCUCCGCCUCCCGCGGCCCUUCCUCUAGCGGCGGUCGUGGCCCCAUCUCUACUACCUCAGAUCUUGCUUCUGACCGACAGGUCGGGAGUCAUCUCGAAGGCGUUCCAUUCUAUGGCUCGAGGGGCGAUAUGUCUACAACGGAGAUUCAUAAUAGGAUCAUAGGGAAUAAGAGAAGUAUGUCGGAUUCUGUUUUUAUCGGGUCGUAUCGAGAUGGAGUUCCACACAUGGCUUCCGAGUCGCAUUUGAUGAAGACAUUACGAAAUGGAGCAGGCAGGGAGCUUAACCGAAGAGCCAACGACGAUGAAGUGACGCUUGGAAUGCAGCAGCCAAUGAGGCCGAGCGCUGCGUCGGUUAUCUUUCAACCUCAUAUCGGAAGUGGUAGUAGACUCGAUGCUGAUGUUACCAAGUGGGAGAGAUCCACGCUUAUGAACAUCGGUCCUGCUCCAGCCGUACAGUACUCUCCCCGUGGGACGAGUAUGCCGUUUUCCCCUCAGUUACAUACAAAUAGAUUCAGAGAUGCCAAUGCCAUUCCUCCAAAUAUAUCUCAAUCAGCUGCAGAUGAGGGAUCUCGAACUGGAAUCAAAGGUCCUGGAAUCUUGAGUUCGAGUUAUCCCGGUGGUGGAACCUCCGAACGGAACUCAUCUAUCCUGCUCCCGAGCUGCAGCUUGCAAAAGCCCGGGACUAAUAUCGCCGAGCACGAAUCCUCUAUGCCUUCAAGUCGACGUGGUCUUGUAUCUGCUGAUCGGCAGAUGACGAUAUUUUAUGGCGGUCAAGCUCAUGUCUUUGACGACGUUCAUCCAAACAAGGCCGAUGUUAUAAUGGCCUUAGCCGGGUCAAGCGGGGAUCGUGGUCAGCUAACUAUGCAACAAAAUCAACUGCUUGGCCAGUUAACGAAAGCGAAACUCCAAACGGAGAACUCGACAUCGGUAUGGCAAGUGACACCACCUCGUCAUUUGCCAAAGAAGCUCGUAGAAAGCUGUGUUGCCGGGAGUUCAGCUCCCAUAGCCAGCUCGGUCGAGAGAGUCACAGCAUCAGCAGGAGCUGGUAAGGAUGUUAGAAACCAAGUUCAAGCUGCUGCUGAUUCAAGUGCGGAGAAGAAGAGAGAGUUGUGAUAUUCGUUCCCCGACUCAAACGAAUGUUUCGAAAUGCAUCAAAGUCAGCUGUUGUAAGGCAUUUCUCGUGGCGCCCGUCCUUGUUUCGGUACUUUUUAGCUUCGAUAUUUGUUGUAUUUUCUUACCGUUUUGUUUCGAGGGGAGGGGAUUCGAGGUUUAAACUUGAUGAGCAAUGGAAAUGAAUUCCCUUUCUUU